UUUGCCCGAGAACCAUCUUGCCCAGCCUAUUAAAAGGUUUCUAACUAGUUUUGUGCAAACCGCUUUUGUGCCGUGAUUACCGUUCUAUCCACAUUUCGUGGAUUUCAAAAAGUUAACAAGUCAACCCUAUUUUCAAUGUGUAUGGCUAUUGUGUACCUUGGUGAGACAGUGCUCGCAUACAUGGAGUUCCAUUUGGAUAGCGCAGAAUAUUGCCAGGCUCAACACAAAUAAAUUAACAGGAAAUUAAAAAAAAAAGAUUAUAUAAAACAUUGAAUUUAGUCAUUUGCAUCAUCGCCAUAGCAUUGUUGGAAUUACCUCAACAAGAGCCAAAUAAGAGUUGUUAUCUUCCCUACAAUCUACUAUAUUUGCAUAAGCAUAUCAUCAAGUAUAAAAAUAGUGUACAUAACUCAAAAGUUCUAGGCAAAUUAAUCCUAUGUUAAUUUAUUUGAAAGACUGAAAUAUUGCUUUAAACUCCCAAUAUAUAGUUUAAAGUAUAAUUUUGUGGAAAUUCUUUUUAUAACUAUACAAUUUUUGGCCCAUAAUAGAGGAGAUUACCUUAUUUGAUCUCCAAGAGUGAUACUCUGAUAUUCUAAACACAUUUAGUGUUACUUGAAAGUGUCUUGUUGUGGAAUGAACAGUACAGCCAUGCGUCAAAAAGACAUAAGACCUGCUGCAGCUGAGAUCGAGCACAAAGGAUUCAAGUUUCUUAUCACGGAUAGACCUUCCGACCAAACAAUUCAUGUUUACAUCCAGGAACUGAAAAAGCACAGAGUUACUGCGGUAGUCAGGGUAUGCCAACCUUCCUAUAAAGUCGACGAACUCAAGAACGAAGGCAUCGAAGUUUACGAUCUCUCCUACCCCGAUGGAACCUUUCCACCUAACGAAAUCGUCGAUGCGUGGUUCAAGAUUUUGAAGAAGCACUUUCAUGACAAUCCUAAUGCUUGUGUAGCCGUUCAUUGUAUAGCUGGCUUAGGAAGGGCUCCGGUAAUGGUCGCUUUAGCUCUCAUAGAAUUAGGUCUCAAAUAUGAAGAAGCAGUCGAACUGAUUCGAGAAAAAAGGAGAGGUGCAAUUAAUGCCAAGCAGUUAGGUUUCCUUGAGAAAUACCGUCCUAAAUCUCGGCUAAAAUUGAAGAACGGACACAAAAACUCAUGCUGCGUGCAGUAAAACUGUCAUUACAUAUAUGUGUUCAAUAAAAAUUGCAACAGAUCACUUAACUCAUCAUACCUAUUAUCUCUAAUUGUGUGAAAUACAAAAAUAUGCUUAUUUUGUGUAAACAUUCAUUUGGCCGAGUCGAAUCUGCAAUAGGCAAUUUCAACUUUUUAACAUAACUAUGUAUAAAUGGUUGUUAUUUAUUUUAAGUGAUUGUUUUUUCCAAAAUUUUACCAUUGACGAGUACAUACUAGUUCUUUGUAAUCAUUUUUUUCAAAGCGUUAUUUAUUUUAAAAUAGGUUUGAAUUUAUUGACAGCAGCUUUUUAAUAAUGAUUUUCUUUUUAAUUGUUCUGCAUUUUGUUUUGUAUAUAUACAUUGCAACCAUGUUGAUCACUUAGAUUUCACAUUUUUAAGUAGACUUUCUGGAAAAAUAUAUUUUAUUAUUAUGGGUA